CAGACUAUCGACACUGCGGUGCUUGCUUGCGGUCGUUCUUCAGAGCCUUGAAAGAGAUGGGCUUUGCUCAGGCUUCGGCCGUGUGAGAGAGAGAUGAUACUGGGCUUUGCUCGGGGACAUCGGCCAUAUCGGCCACGUGGCACAUCGGGUCGUCUUUUAGCGCGCGCGCGCGCGCGCGCCUCGGUGCCGAGUCCCGGUCUGACAGUCCGUCGCCGGAGCGCCUAUCAGCAUCAGCAGUGCGGAUGUGCGUCCACGGCUGCUCUCGCGCUCGUUGCCAUCUUCCACAACUGAUGACAGCUGCGAGACAUGGCCUGACCACUGGUGGGCACUGUGGAUGAGUCGAGAGAGAGAGAGACGAUGGAGGCACAGCAGCAGGCACAGCAGCCGCCGCCGCAGGAGCAGCAGGCCAGGAAGCGGCCGGACAAGAGCAGGGGCCAUCGACCGCGGGCCGUCUACACGUGCGAUGCGUGCCGGCUGCGAAAGGUCAAGUGCGACGGCUGCGACGGCGGGCCUGGCUGCUCCCAUUGCCGCCGGCGGGGCGAGAGCUGCACCUGGACGAAGGGCAAGCCGCGCAGCGGGCCGGUCCGCGGCGUCUACGUGCAGGGAUAUGGAUAUGGGUACGGGAACGGGCACGGGCGCGGGCAUGAGCAGGGACAGGAGCAGGGCUACCGGCAGGGACUAGAAGAUGUCGGUACAGGAACAGACUCGAGAGACACGUCACUCAGCAGCCGGCUGGCGCGCAUCGAGACGCUCCUCAGCGAGGCGGGCUGGCGCGUGAGCAGCGAGCAGGGAAGCCGCCGUGGAGCUGACGCAGGCACUCGGCCGACGAGGGCGCCGACGACGACGACGAUGACGACGGCAGCGACGAGCACAGUGCCGCAACCAGCCCGGCCAAGCAGCGUCGAGGGCGACUCAGAGGCCGUCGACGAUCUCCUGGCCACUGCCGAGCACCGCCAGGGCCGCAUGCACGCAGAUGGGCACAGACAAGGGCACAGACACGGACACGGACACGAGCGGCGCCGCGACGAGCCGGACCAGGUGUACAUUGCCCGACACGACCGCUUCGACCACCAGAUCCUCGUCUCGUCUCCCGAUGCGCACCCGGGUGGCGGCGCAGGGGCGGGCUCCUCGUCGAUGGCCUCGUCGCCCGUCUUUGGCAGUGGCAGCGAGGGAGCAGCGAGGGGUGCCGCGGGCCUUGACGACGCCUUUGGCGCGCGCGCACACGUGUUUCGAAGCAGGCUGCCGGCGCGGCCCACCUGCGACGCCGUCGUGCGCCUCUACUUUGCCCGGCUCGAGUGGAUCCACCACGUCAUCCACGUGCCCAGCUUCCUGGCCUGGUACGAGGGCCUGUGGGCGCGGCAUGACCUGGGGCGCGACGACCUGCUGAUGCUCGCGCUGCUGUACGCCCUCCUCUGCGUGACGGGCCACUUCUUCGAUCUCAAGCCCGGUCACGUGCACACCGAUGACGACGAGCAGCACCACCCACCUCCCUUCGAAGACCACGACAUGUACCGGCUGAGCUACGAGUGCUUGGUCGAGGCCGAGUACCUGCGCCGACACUCGCUCACGGCGAUCCAGACGCUCGUCAUGCAGGGCCUCUACCUCGUCAACAUGGGCGAAAACGACACGCACCACGCGAACCUCGCGCUGGCCAUCCGCAUGGCUGCCGCCCUGGGCCUGUCCAAGCUCGAUGCGCCGGGGCCCGGUGGAGGUGCAGGCACGAGCAACGCGCACGCAAGCGCGAGUGCAGGCGCACGCCUCCGCGCCGAGAUGGGACGGCGCGUGUGGUGGAGCAUGGUGUGCCAGGACGCAUACACGGCGUCGUCGUGCAACUUUUCCUACUCGAUCGUCGAUGGCCAGGUCAAGACGCACCUGCCGGCCAACCUCGACGAUGAGCAGUUGCUUGUACUCUCUGCGCAUGCUCGCCCACUGCCUCUGGACAGCCAUGCGACGAGCAUGUCGUACCACAUUGCCAAGAUCCCGUUUGCGCUCAUUGCCAAAAAGACCGUCGAUCUGUUCAACGACGACCGGCUCGACUACGGCGCCGUGCUUGCGCUCGAGGACGAGCUGCAGGCGCAGUACCGUGCGCUGCCCGCCUAUCUGCGGCCCGAGGCGGCCGAUGAGGAAGGGCGAGACGAGGCGGUCACGCGGCACGGCAACGGCAACGGCAACGGCGAGCACGACGACGACGACGGCGACGACGACGGCAGGCAGCAGCAGCUGCGGUGGCAGCGCCUGUUCAUGGGCAUCACCCUGCACAACCGCAUCAUGCGCAUCUACCGGCCCAUGCUCGGCCACGCCUACAACAACGACGACGACGGCGGCCGGCAGCGCGCCGCCAAGCGCGCGCUCGUGACGUCGGCAAAGGCCCUGAUGCGCCUCGUGGCACGCGCGCGCCAGAUUGGCUUUCCCGGCCUGCGCUGGUGGGUCGUCCUUGUGCACGUCUUUACGGCCGCCGUCGUCCUCUGUGUCCACGUGCACUUCGCUGCAGCAGCAGCUGCUGCUGCUGCAGCCGGCAAUGCGGGGCUCGCGGGAGUGAAGAAGGAGGAGGACGAGGCCGAGAGCGUCGCGCUGCUCCGCGUCGCCGUCGAGGUGCUGGGCGCAGCAGCCAAGAGGAGCGCAGCAGCGCGCCAGGCCGUCCGGCUCGUCGAGAUGCUGCAGAUGCGAUCGCGGUCGCAGUUGCAGUCGUCGCACGGCGCACGGACCACACGGCCCGGCGAGACGGCGCGGCAACACCAUGGCUACGGCAACGACGGCGACGGCAACAACAGCGGGCCUAGUCGAGGCCAGGACGCUUCGACAUUGUGGCAGCACCCUCAGCAGCAGCAGGUUGGCCAGCCAGCAAUGUCGCCCUGGCACGCGAGCAGGGCCAUGGCGCCCGCACCCAGCAACGGCAACAACGGCGCUGGUGGCGACAACGACGACGACGAUGCGCGCGGCUGGAUGGACCUCGACUGGUCCAGCCUCCUGGGCCACGCGCCGCGCCCCGGUCCUGUUCCGGUCGCCGACAGCCAGGCGUCGUCGUCGUCGUCGUCGUCGGCCGACCCGGCCCUGCUCGGCAGCGGCAUCUCGGGCCUCAACCAGGACCUGUGGGAGACAAUCGAGGCCUUUGCCACCUCGUCGUCCUCUUUGGGUAUUGCUGCUCCUGCUGCGCUGGGCACUGCGGCCUUUGUCCCUACAGCUUUCGGUGGCUUUUGAUUGAUUGAUGGAUGAAGAGCGCCUGGAACUUCGUGUCAAAUUUGAACAGACAUGUAUUUAUUAGAGAAGUAGG